AGGGGCCCGGGCGACGCUGUGGUUUCGGUGCUCUUCGUAGGCGGGCAGCCUAAUGAGCUCUCGACACGCACCUCCCGAGCGCCCCCACCCUCAUCGCGGCGGCUCCCGUCCCGCAGGGGCGGGAGCCGCCGCGGCUCCCCGCCUCGUCCCCGAAGCCUCCCGAUUUCAGCUCGGGAACUUGGGCAUGGGGGUCUCUGUUGGGGUCUGCAAGACGACCCCUAGGGUGACAGCAGCCCCCCCCCACCUCGGGGACCAGGGGCGGGGGGGAGGACCCGGGCGCCCUCUGGCGGCCGUGAAGGUCUUGCGCGUGCUCGCCUCCGUGUCUGCGCCCGAGGGCCUGAUGCUCCUUCCCUCUGCAGAGAAUUCAGUGGGUGACUGAGCAUGGGGCCCCUGAGUCGUGAAGCCUGGGCCCAGCGCCUGGGGGCUUUCCGAGCCAGCCCAUCCGCCUUCCUGGCCGGUGCCGAAGGUGAGGAUUUGGGUCGCGACCUGCUGAGUGACCUAAGGAGUGAAAAGCUAAGCGAGCAGACCAAGGUUUCCUUACUGACACUGAGCUUGGAGUACUCUGACAAACUGUGGUCUGAUGCACCUGCUGCGGAAGCUGCUGCCACCUCCUUGUUGGACACCCUUGUCCUCCUGCCCUCAAAACCUUCAGCUCUCCGGAGGCUCCUGCUGUUGGCAGCCACCACAGCCCUGGUGUCAGGAGGUGCUCUGGGACCCACUUCCGGAGCUUCCUGCCGACUCCUGCCCCUUCUGCUUGGUCUAGCUUCGGGCCGAGACAUGGGACGGAGCUUUGGGACCCUCUCAGAACAGCGCCACCUACAGGCCACAGCGUGUGAAUGCCUUGGAGAACUUGAGCGCUGUAAGCCUGGGCUGCUGGCUGGCUCCCUGGGGAUACUGCGAAGCCUCCUAGGGCAAACGGGUCCCAUCCAGCCUGUCAGCCUGCUGCUGGCCCUUGUUCUGCACAACACCUUGGUGGUACCAUCCAGGCCUGGGGCUGAGAUCGGGGCUGGCCUGCAAGGCCUGCUUGUGGCUGGAGUCUCCUCCUCUGGGAGUUGUCCCUGGGACUGGACACUAGCUGAAGAGUGGGAUGCCCAUCUUCAGCCCCAGGCACCCAGCUGGCCCACAACUGGGGAGGAGCAUGGCUUUCCAUUGCUAAAGCCCAGCCCUGAGGAGGCCCGAGAGCUGAAGGCUGCAGUGGCCCAGCUUCUGGAUACCUCCUACCUGCUCACGUCUGUGGCUCAGGCUCAGCUUCUGUGGCUGUUGGGCUGGGCCCUUCGGGGUCUUCGGGGACAGCCACCAGUGGUUUUCAAGCCACAGCUAGUUCGGCUGCUGGGCACAGCACAGCUGACGCUGUUGCACUCAGUCCUGGCUCUCAAGGCGGCCUUUGGUGAGGCCCUGUUCACUGCUCAGGAUGAAGCUUUGCUGCUCCGCAGGCUCACCUUGGUGGCCCAACACCCAGCCUUGCCCUCACCCACACACCUCUUUUACCUGAACUGCAUCCUGAGCUUCCCAGAGAAUUGUCCCCUAGGUCUGGAAGGGGAAGAGGCUGCCCCCCUGCUGUUGGGUCCCCAGCUAAGCCGGGGCCUCAUGCCCAGUCUCCUGCAUGAUCCAAUGGUCCUCUUGGCCCGCCUGCAUCUGCUCUGCCUGCUCUGUGCUGAUGCUGAGGAAGAGGAGAAAGGCCAUGUUCACAGCCCACGGUGGUACCUACAGGAGCUGCUGGCUGGACUACAGCAGAGGGCAGCCCUAGAUGGUGGUCCCCAGGCCUUGGCCACUCUCUGUUUCCAGGCCUCAUACCUCGUUGCCAGCUGCCUGGCUGGGCAACCUACAGUGCGCACAUCUUUGGUCCAUGGACUGGCCCAACUAUACCGAGCUCGGCCUUCCCUAGCUCCUCAUUUUGUAGACCUCUUAGAUCAGGUAAGCCCCGAGCUGAGAGAGCCCCUCAGGGUGGUGCUGCAGCAAGAGGUGGUAGCCAGGCCAGGCAAGAACGAAUCGCUUUGCUGGCACCUUCGAAUGCUGGCAAAGGUUGCAGAGGGAGAUGCCCAGAGAGCCACCCUCAGCUUUCUACAGGCUGCAGCCAUACACUGCACUGACUGGGGCCUACAGCAGGCCCUACUGCGGGUAUGCCGCGCUCUGCUGCGGACAGGUGGGGGAGAUGGCCUGGCAGACUUGCUGCAAGUACUGGCCAGACAGCUAGAGGAUGCUGACGGGCGGGACCAUGCCCGACUCUACUAUAUCCUCUUUUCCCAUCUGUCAAGUUCCAAGUUGGGCAUGGCCCUGGGCCCCUCACUUGCUGUACCUGCACUGGCCUCGUCACUGGUGGCUGAGAACCAGGGCUUUGCAUCAACACUGAUGGUGCAAGAGACUCCAGCUCCAAUUCAGUUGAGUGUGGGGCCUCAGAAGGCCAAAGGCACACUCCCGGUGCUGCAUCUGCAGGUGGAGGCACUGGAGGCUCCUGUCUACUCUCUGGAGCUGCGCUUCCGUGUGGCAGGACAGCUCUAUGGGCCUUUGGAGGCUGUCCACAUACCCUGCUUGUGUCCAGGGCAGCCUGCCCAUCCUCUGUGCCUGACCUUGCAGCCCCGACGCCCAGCCCCUGCUCGCCUACAUGUUGAGGCCCUUUAUACCACACCUGCUGGCCUCACAUGCCAUGCACACCUGCAUCCCUUGUCUGUGAAGUUUGCUGACCUCUUCCUGCCUUUCCCCCAGCUCCCCAAGGGCUCCGAGCUGUGUUUCUUUGAUGAUCUCUGGAACUCCUGCCUGCCAAAGGGUGUAGAAAGUCGUAUGUGGUGUCCACUUGGGCCACAGGGCCUGGAGGCCUUGGUGUCCCAACACCUAGAGCCCUUUGUUGUAGUGGCUCAGCCCCCCACCACCUACCUCAUAGCUGUCCAACUGCCCCCUGACUCCAUGCUGCUGCUGCGACUGGAGAAAGCUCAGGUGGAUGGUGUGCCUGUGGCCCUAAGGACUGACAACUGGGCCGUGCUGCCCCUGGUUGGGGACUACCUCCGUAGCCUUGCAGCCCACUAACACCAGGUGGGACAGGACUUGUUGCUCUUGGGGGCUGGUCCAAGGGACUGUCAAAGGAACAUAUUUUUGUAGGCCCUACCCCAUAAAAUCACACUCACUGAUGGCUCUCA